ACGUAAAUAACAUUUCAAUGACUUGCAAUAAUUCUUGUACUAGUGAUUUAAGAGUGAUUUGAAAUGCAGCACUUUCCUCGUUGUUCUGCAUUUGGGAGAAACGAAAUCUAGAGUUUGCAACUCACCUUUCUUUUUCAACACCUUCUUCUCCAUUGCUUUCCCCAAAGAAAAACAAAAACUAGUGACCAAGAAGAAGAAACAGAGCUGUAAUGAUAAACAACUCAAUGGGUCUAUCUUGCACUAUUUGUUAUGCUGUUAUUAUCUUUUUCAUAGCCUCAGUAUCCUUCUUUAACAAUGCCCAAUUUGAACCUCCAAUGGCAAAGUUAAAUACUUCUUGGAUCAACAAGCCCGUUAAUUUGUCGGGUUUUAAUCUCUCACCCGUCCUUGAAGGAUCAUCCUAUGGCUCACAUUUGAUCUGUGGUUUCUAUUGCCCUACUCAAGAAACUCAGGCAUGCCUCUUUGGUGUUGUACUCUUCGAUGGUAGAUAUUAUUUUAGUGACUACUCGUCUCCUAGAUUUGCACCUGAACUAGUUUGGUCUGCUAACCGGGACCGUCCUGUUCAAAUUGACGCCACCUUACAACUCACUGGAGAUGGAGACUUGAUAUUGAAAGACGCAGAUGGCACUUUCGUAUGGUCUACUGACACAUCAGGAAAGUCCGUCUUCGGCAUGAAUUUCACUGAAUUGGGAAACCUGGUCCUCUUUGAUCAAAACAAUGCAACGGUUUGGCAGUCGUUUGAUCACCCAACUGACUCCUUGCUUGUUGGCCAGACUUUGUUUCGUGGCCGGAAGCUCACCUCCAGCAAAUCCGCAUCAAACUUGACUCCAGGUUUGUUUUCUCUUAAAGUUCACGAUUAUUACAAUCUGGUGGUGGCUUAUGUAGAAUCCAAUCCACCCUUGCCCUAUUUUAAAUCCUAUGUAGGAGUGAAAUAUGUUAAAUUCGAGAAAGGAAGGUUUUUGGGGCAGAAAAUCUCUGUUGCAUCAUCAUCGUCACCUCAGUUCAUAAGGUUGGAUCCUGAUGGGCAUUUGAAGGCUUAUGAGUGGGGUGGAUCGAAUUGGAAUGUGGUGGCUGAUCUGCUGACAUCAUCUAUUGGUGACUGUGGUUAUCCCAUGGCGUGUGGCAAUUACGGCAUCUGUUCUUCAAAUGGACAGUGCAGUUGUCUUGAGGAAGCCACCGGCAACAGCACUUUCAGGCAAAUAAAUUAUAGGCGACCCAGCCUUGGAUGUUCCCUUGCUACACCCAUUUCUUGUAACAAUUCUCAAUAUCACACCCUUUUGGAGCUUAACAAUACGAGUUACUUUUACUUAAAUUCAAACAAUGAAUAUUUGGUUGAAAACAUAUCAUUAGAGGACUGCAAGAAGAGUUGCUUAAAAAACUGUUCAUGCAAAGCUGCCAUGUUUGCAUAUCCAGGUUGUUUUCUACGGUCGGAAGUCUUUUCUCUUAUGACUAAUGAGGGACGGUAUCAGAAUGUUGCUGUGUUUCUUAAAGUGCAAAAAUCUCCGGCUGCAGAGUAUCCUACUCCUUUACCAACAGAUUCUCCUCAGAAGAAAUCAAGGCAUGUCAAAAUCGUAUUGGGAUCCAAUCUCGCAGCUUUCUUUGGUGUAUUUUUUGUGAUUGCUUUUUGCCUUUUCCUUAUUAGAAAUAAAGGAGAAUCCGAGGAACUUGAUGAGUUCUAUAUUGAUCAACUACCAGGCAUGCCUACCAGAUUCUCUUAUGAAGAAUUGAGAGUCAUGACAAGCAACUUCGAUAAUAAGCUUGGUGAAGGAGGAUUUGGGUCAGUGUUUCAAGGGACACUAUGUGAUGGCACCAAUGUAGCAGUGAAGCAUCUCAAUGGUUUUGGUCAGGUUAAGAAGUCAUUCUUAGCUGAAGUUGAGACAAUAGGCACCACUCACCAUGUCAAUUUGGUGAGAUUAAUUGGUUUUUGUGCUGAAAAAUCAUAUCGGGCUCUAGUUUACGAGUACAUGUCCAAUGGAACCUUGGAUAUAUGGAUCUUCCAAAGGCACCAGGAGCUCACUCUUGGGUGGCAAUCCAGAAAAAAGAUCAUCAUGGAUAUAGCCAAGGGACUAACCUAUCUUCAUGAGGAAUGCAGGCAAAAGAUUUUCCACUUAGAUAUCAAACCCCAAAACAUUCUCUUAGAUGAAGACUUCAAUGCGAAAAUUUCUGAUUUUGGAUUGUCAAAACUAAUUGAUAAGGACCAAAGCCAAGUUGUAACAAUGAUGAGGGGAACACCAAGCUAUUUGGCACCCGAAUGGUUGAGCUCAAUUAUCACCGAGAAAGUAGAUGUUUAUAGCUUUGGUGUCGUGAUCUUGGAAAUGUUGUGUGGACGCAAAAAUUUGGAUAGGUCUCAGCAUGAGGAAGAUAUGCAUCUGCUAGAUCUAUUUAAGAGGAAAGCAGAAGAGGAACGACUUGUGGAUAUUGUUGAUAAAUACAAUGAUGACAUGCAAACACAUAGAGCAGAAGUUGUGGAGAUGAUGAGGGUUGCUGUGUGGUGUCUACAAAGUGAUUUUUCCAUGAGGCCUUCCAUGUCGGUGGUGGUUAAGGUCUUGGAGGGUUCUGUAAAUGUUCAAAGAAAUUUAUGUUAUAACUUCACAACUCCUGUGGCACCAAGACCAAUUACAGUUGCUGGUCACCAAGGAAAUGCCAUUGGUGCUGUCACUCCAUUAUUUGCAUCAGCUUUAUCAGGACCACGGUAAAUAAAGUAGACUCCAAUGAGCAAAUUAAGACUGAUUGUUUGAAGUUUUUGUAUUCCAUUUCAUAUGUAGUGAACUAUAAUAAUAGAUUUUUAUUUGUGCAAAUCACUCCAUGAUACCAAGAUUAAUGGUGUUUUAGGUAGAGUUGAUAAAAUUGCAACUCUCAAUAAUAUUUGCCCUUUUUAUUUCUUCAA